GAAACAAAGAACGAGCGUAACGUCCAAUCAAACAGGACUUCAAUUUUAAAUGAGAUUCGAUAGUUCCUUCUCCCUGUUACUGAAAACCACAACAACACCACAACUAACUCUACUUGUUAACAAGUUUGGAUUAUAAGAGACUCUUUUUUCAGCUAGUCACUUGUUUUUGAGCCACAGCUGCCUCUCGUCGACAGUUGUUUCAUGGGAACCCAGGAGGGAGAGAGAGAUUGGGUAGAUGUGGCAAAUGAUUUAUUCAGCAAGUGUCACAUAAACCUGAAGCUGAGGAAACUGACUGACUGUGAUGCAAAUGUUUUCAUUGCUCUGUAUGAGAACAUCUUGGGGGAGAAAGUUCCAGAUUAUAUUGCAGGGCCAUGCAGUCAAGAGGAUGAUGUGCACAACAUUCAGUCUGUGAUUGAUUCACUAUCCCUGGAUUACCUUCAGAUCAGCCUCUCACACAUUACGGGAGAAAAUGUUGUCAGAGGGGACAAAGAGUCUGUCAAGAACCUCCUGGAAAUCUUUGAUGGCCUCCUGGAAUAUCUCAACGAGGAGAUAAGCGUGGAGUCUCAGAAUGGUGAGGAACUGAAUAACGGUCUCAGUGAGGAUGUGCCUAGUGAAACCAAGGAGUCAACAAGUUGCGAUGCUACAGAGCACAAGGAGAUUAAACUGGAUGGAGCAUCUUUGUCUUCCACUGGAGAGUCAGCUGCCCAGUCCAGUAAACAUUCCCUUCAUUCCUGGAACGCUGAGGAGAUGGGAUCAACCAGUGAGCUGAUUGGGCUGGGAGUCUCAGCACGCACAUUUACAGGCAAACAAGAAAACGCAGUCACCACUUCUGGUCCUCUGGACACCCAGAAUGCUCCACUGACUGAGCCGAUGCACUCGGCCAUCGCCCUGCAACCACCCAACCAGAGCAACACUCCCCACAGACCCGACACAGACACACACGCACUCAUCCAGCCCCCCACAGCCACUGGGCUCAGCCACGGGCACACAGAGGAAGAAACUGCCCCUGUCACUACAGAGAUCCAUAAACCGGUAGCUGAGACUGUUUUUGGCAAUGGACUACGGUCUCCUCCCCUUUGUCAUUCUCCCGCUGUGAGUGAGAAGUCUUUCUCCAGUCAACAAAGAGCCAGGACAGAAGUUGAGGGGGAGACACUAGAGCCAACUAACGGAGGUCCCAGGAGGGUUUUAUUCCGCACCCAGCCAGAUGUGCUCUUCCUCACCCUGCAGGACGAGAUGCCACCCACCACCCCUUCUCCACCAGACACUGAAGAGGAAGAGCAAGAAGAGGAGGAUCUGAGUUAUACAAGAAGAUUACAGGGCAGAAGAAUACAUCACAGAGAAAGGACAGACCUCAGUAACAGGUUAGGGGAAGGUUUUGAGGAGCCUCUGUCUUACCGCAGGCAGAGGAACAGGAAAGCGGAGGAGGAGCUGCAGCACAUUUCUGAAAAACUGUCCCAUCGACUUGAGGAACUUGACGAGAUGCUUAAACGAGUUCUGGGAGAAAGUGGAGAGUCCAGUGAGGUCAGAGAGGAGGACAAGCAGUCCCACCACAGCGACAGCAUCAUGGAGUGUCGCAAGACUCCCAGGCAGCACACAGUUUCAGGAACACCUGACGCUGAAUCUAAGCACCGGACACGCUCCUUGUCCCCCUCCCCUCCACGAGUCCGUCGCUCCCUGCAGGGGCAGUUAGAAAAUGCAAUGGCAGAGGCCUUGAGCCUGGAUGAUGGGAGACGGACAAACCUCACAGCUUCUGAUCAUUCAAGGCGAGGAGAGCUACAUCACAGACUGUCUCACAGAAAACAUAGCAAGUAUCUGGAGAAUAAGGCCUAUGAGGAAGAGUUGAAAAGAUAUGAAGACAAACAACGGGCAGAUCUGGACAAGGCGCGGCUCAAAGCUCAGGAAGCCGAGCGAGAGUAUAGAGAAACCAUACUGAGGGAUGUUUCUCAAGCCCCCAGACUGUCCCCAACUAGAACAAAGGCCCAGCACAAAUCACAGCACAACACACAAACUACACCAGGGUGGAGACGGCAGGAGGUCCCCAGGAAAGCUCCAUCAAUGAAGGUAAAGGAGAAUGAACUCCUCCCUGUGCUCCUGGAGGAGUUGCCCCACCUUCACAUUUCUCCUCACGCUCUGGGCAGGAUGUGGGAGCAGCAGAUGCAACAGGUGGACAGACUCCACGCCCUGUCAUCCUCUAACAGCCACCAGCGUCGCAGCAAGCUCUCUAGCCAGUUGGAGGAAGCCCAGAGGAAACAUGACCUGCUGGUGGGGCUCAUCCGCAAAGAUCAGGACCACAGCAGGCGUCUGAGGGACUUUAAAGAGCGUAUCCAACAGCAGAAGUCAACACAGAACAGACUGCGGGAACAGAGACAACAGAUAGCUCGUGCCAAGAAAUACCACAACGACUACCACGUCCAACACCGUGCUCGUCUGAUGAGGGAACGAACCAAGGAGGAGAGGAUGUUUCGGCAGCUGUUUGAGGAGGGUUUGGAGCUACAGAAAGUCCGGUUGAGGGAGCAGAAAGCCUACGCCAGGGAGCAGCGACUGGAGCAUCAGAGACGACACCAGGACCAGAUCAAGUCUAUGGAGAACUACUACAAAGACCAAUUUUCACUACUGGCUGAAAAACUUGCACAAGAAAGGCAGGAGAUCCAGCUUCGGAAAAAAGCUCAAGAAAAGGCCCUGCUGAAGAUGAAGCGGGAGCUGCGCUCCAGGAUGGAGCGUGAAAUUGGCGAACUGCAGAAAAUCAUCAUCCAGAACGACGAGGACGACCACUUCCAGGACCUGGAGGUCCAGAGGCUGCGUAAUCGGGUCCAGAUGGCUUCUUUCCAGUACAACACUAGCUAUCUGCAUUGACCACAACAUCAACACCAAUCAAGGCUGAAUUUAUGACAUGAACAUGCUGCAAGAGAGUCUGCUUCUGCCAUUCACAACUAAGGGUACGACAUUCUGAUGGCUGAACAGUACGGUCUCUUCAGGCAUCUUCCUUCACAGAUUUGCACAGGAGGAAAUUCACAUUGUAAGAACUUGCACAAGUCCUGAUUGUUGAUUAAUAAUGAACUGAACACACUCCAACAAAAUGUAGCUAUUAGCUAAUUUAGCUAACUCUUCCUCUCACCACAGCUGCUAUAUCUGCUCUUAAAGACACCUUGGACCAAGUCCCCUUCUUCUGUGGUUUUAGUACUUGGCAACUAGGAAUGUUUAAAAGUGGCUCCCUCACUGUGCAGUCUUUGUGUGCUGUUAUUGUAGCAGAAAUUGAGUAGAAAUGUUCCUCUUGCCAAAUAGGGACCACUGAUGCAAAGUUCGUAAGUAUGAAUGUCACACACUGACUUUUAACUUCCUUUUUUCCUUUCAAGGUGUGAUGUCUUCCUUUAAUGUUUUAACCAUGCCAGCAGAUUAUUUAUUUUUUAACUUUAAUGUUGUUUGAUUUUUAAUUAACCUGGUGUCAUGCUUUCUGAUCACCAAGGGGCGAUGAUAAUCAGUCUUUCAUGACUUCCUCUUUCCCUCAGUUCCAUAGUGUUCGUUUUUAACUCACAGCCAAAACUGAAGACAUGGUAGUUUUUGACCAAAACACCAAGGGUUGAAAUGUUAAAACACUCUCUGCUCAGAAUUGUGCAAUGUAUCUAAUGAGCACAUGAAUGCCCUGUCAUCACCUAUUAAAUAUGUGGGCUCUGUCAACCUCUCAA